AUGCCGUCCUUGGUGUCGAUGCCGUCAUCGUCGUCGUCUUCGGAGCUGAGGUGGACUGUCUCUUCACUGGACGAGCGCUGCAGCGUCGUCUCGCUGGAGAUCGUGCGCGCCCUGGCGCUGCUGGACAUCAACACGUCGCUCUCGGUGCUGCGCGACAGCUCCGAGAGGCUGCAGAGGAACUUGACGACCGUGCGCAGCGGCCUUAACGCGACCCUCAAUGACCCCGUGUGCCAGAGGGCACAGCGGUGCGUCGCCAUCGGGCAGCUCGUCCUGCUGAAUAUCCACGCCGACUUCAGCUUGCCGCAGGACGUGUCCCGGGAAUUGGAGCAGGUGAAGAGACUGCUAGACACCAACUUUACAGCGAUGGUUGACAAGGGUUAUGCAGCUUUUAAUGGCACGCCUGAAAUCAUCGCACAGCAAACGAGAAACAUUGCUGCAGGCGUGAAGGAUCUACUGGACCACGUGGGCACCAGCAUCAAGACGACGGCGAGGCAGCUGCCCCUUCAGCUCGUGGUGCACAACGGCACCAAGUACCUGGACAUGGGCCAGGCGCUAGUGCACGAGCACCUGCCCACGGUCGCCCAGUACGACUUCUACAGGUGGCUCGUGUGCGUCGUCCUCUGCUCGCUCGCGGGCCUCGUGGUGCUGCUCAACCUGCUGGGCCUGCUGUGCGGCACGUGCGGCUACGGCGAGCACGCCGGCGGAAACUUCCUAAUGGCUGGCGUCGGCUUCAGCUUGACCUUCUCGUGGCUGCUGAUGCUGGUGGUGACGCUCACGUUCGUCCUGGGCGGGAACGUGGAAAAGCUUUUCUGCCAGCCCUUGGCCGACAAGAACCUCUUCAAGUUCUUCGAUACGCCAAAUCUGUUCAAGCCGAAGCAUCUCUUGCCAGGAGUUCUCUUCAACAAUCCAGACCUGAACAUUACCAUUGAGGGCGUAUACAGUGAUUGCAAAAGUAACACAGGGAUCCAUUCUGCUUUUCAACUCUCAAAUCUAUUCAACUUGGACAGCCUCCUAAACAUCACUCGGUAUACGGAUGACAUCGCAAGCAAAUUUGACCCCAUCAAUGUGAACCUGUUGGACAUGAAGCUGCUGGAACCCAGUGUCAAGCAGAGCCUGCUGGACUUCGCAACGACUGGAAUCGGCAGAAUCGACUUCAGCGCAUUCAGCGCAGAGCUCAACAAAGGCAUUUCUGAGGUUGAUCUGCUUCUGUUUGCCGAUGAACUCAGCGAAAAAGCUAAACACCUGAGGGAGGCGCUGGCGAACGCGCUGCGGGGACACGCGGCGAGCAUCCGCUGGAUUCACUACAACCAAGUGGUGCUUCUCAACAGCAGCGUGAGUACUUUGAACAAGAGUUUGAACUCUUUCCAGAGGACAUCCCUUGCUCUGCAGAGUGCGAUUACAGAAGCCAUUGACAAAUUGGACAUUGCCCAGAGUCUCAUCAAUAACAAUGCCUCAGAGGUUAUCAUUGGGGAAAUGAAGACCUAUAUGGAGACUAUAAUAGGAUACUUCGAGAGUUACGUUACUUGGACAAAGUUUUCCAUUUCCAACAAGGUGGGCGCCUGCAAGCCGCUCUCCAACCUGGUUGACUCUGUAGACAUCAUUGUGUGCAGCUACGUGAUGGACUCGCUGAACGUGUUUUGGUUUGGCCUCGGUUGGGCGACGGUGUUUCUAGUCCCGAGCAUCAUUUUUGCCGUGAGGCUGGCAAAAAACUACCGGCGAAUGGACACCGAGGACAUGCAUGAUGAGUGA